AUGGCUGCCGUUGCUAUCCCCGCUAAGCUGCCUAUCCCGCCGGCCACGCUGCUCAGCCGGCGAGUCUUCGACGUGCCCGGAAAGCUGACCCAGUACGAGCUCUGGUUCAACGUGCCUCUCGACUACGCCGAGCCAGAGACCGCCAGCAUCAAGCUCUUUGGCCGCCUUGCCACAAAACGCGAGUCGCCUCUUUUCGAGCCGGCGCAGCCGCCGGCCCCCAAGCCGUACAUUGUGUAUCUUCAAGGCGGCCCCGGCUUUGGCUGCUCCCCUCCCAAUUCCGCGCCCAUGACGGAGCACCUCAUCAGCCGUGGUUACGAUGUGCUCUACCUGGACCACCGCGGUACUGGUCUGAGCACGCCCGUCUCGCUCGCCAUGCUUGAGCACCACUCCGCCAAUCCAGAGGCCCAGGCCAAAUACCUCCGCCUGAUGCGCCAGGACAAUACGGUCCGCGACCUGGAAGCUGUGCGCAAAUGCCUGAACGAUGGCCUCUCCGGCGAAAAGGCAAAGUGGUCCAUCAUCGGUCAAUCAUACGGCGGCUUUGUCAGUCUGUCCUACCUCUCUAUGCAUCCUGAGGGAUUGCGAGAGGCUUUCCUCACUGGUGGCCUUGCUCCCAUUGGCCGCUCCAUCGAUGAAAUUUACCAAACUACAUUUGCACAUACAGCGUCGCGCAACAAAGCCUACUAUGAGAAGUUCCCUGAGGAUGUGGAGCGGGUCAGGACGAUCGUAGCUCAUAUCGAAAGCUACACCGAGAGCAAAGGCCCUGUCAGGAUGCCUGGCGGCGGUACACUGACCGUGCCUCGACUCAUGACCAUUGGCAUCUCCUUUGGUAUACAUGACGGCUUCGACACUGUGCACAAUGCCAUCCUGGAACUGUAUGCUUCCCUGGUCAGCUUUGGCCACUUCUCACGCUCCUCAUUGUAUACCAUUGAGAACUGGAGCGGCUUUGACAACAACAUUCUAUACGCCAUCCUCCACGAGGCCAUCUACUGCGACGGCCCCGGAUCUGUGUCCAAUUGGUCCGCUCAGCGAGUCGGCGAGUCGUUUGAGAGCUUCUCGUGGCUUCGCCCCGGCGCCAAGGUUGCACAGAGCACCGAUCCCAUAUUCUUCUCGGGCGAGAUGAUCUUCCGCGAUCACUUUUCGACGUACCCCGAACUGUCGGCGCUGCGCGAGGCCGCUGAGAAGCUUGCGACUGCUGAUGACUGGCCGGCUCUGUACGACCAGGAGCAGCUGCGCAACAAUGAGGUACCGCUGUACGCUGUCUCUUACGUCAAUGACAUGUUUGUCGACUUUGGCUAUGCGACAGCCACGGCCCGUCUCGUCAAGGGCUCCAAGUUCUUUGCUACCAACGCUCUGUAUCAUAAUGGUAUCCGUGCGGGUGCUGCCGAAGUCUUUAAGCAGCUAUUUAACUUGCGUGACGACACCAUUGAUUAG